GAGAAAUACAUGGUAAAAUUCAAAUGGGAACAUUAGCAUUUCGACAACAACAAGAACAACAGUGCUGAGGUCUUGCCACCAUCUUGAUUUUGUCAAUGCAUCUGACUUGUAUUGUUCUUGGCUCAGAAGUUGGUUAUUAGGUUUGCAGGUCACAAGCCCUUCCUCCACUGUAGGCCCUGUGUGGGGGUUUCACUGGCCAGUGCCCAUGGCUGAACAGUCAAACCAGAGGGAGCUAAAUUUGGGAGAGAGGUGAUCAGGUUCCCUCACUGUGUGCACAUGAUACUGUCCUAGUUACUUGAGCGAUGUCCCCUCUCACACUGUCACACUCUCUCAACAAGUCUGGACACACUCAGCAAUCCUCUUCUUCAGGAGGUAGAACAGUUCUUAGUCACAGAAUCUGAAGUACAGGACGUUUACGACAGUCUUGUUCGGUUGAACUGAAGUGUCUCUUGACUGGACUGAAUAUUUUGGCUUGGUGCUGUAGCAGUCUUCCCUGUUGUUUCUCCUCUGAAAACGCGCCCCCACCCGGCACAGCGUUUGGCGGGAGAAAGAGGCCGCUGACCCGCCAUGUUCCUCGCACUAGUUGUGACGCCAGAGCUCAGGGAGUUCCUGGCCAAGGCAAGAUGUGGGGCUGUGCGCCUCAUCAAGGUGUGCAUCCAAGAAGAGCAGCUGGUCCUGGGGGCCCACAGAGAGCCGGAAAAAAGCUGGGACCAGGAUUAUGAUCACUUCUUGCUUCCUCUCCUGGACGGCCACGAGCCCUGUUACAUCCUAUACCGCCUCGACUCCCAGAAUGCACAGGGCUACGAGUGGAUCUUCAUAUCAUGGUCUCCUGACCAGUCUCCGGUGAAACAAAAGAUGUUGUAUGCUGCCACCCGAGCCACAGUGAAGAAAGAGUUUGGUGGUGGCCAUGUGAAGUAUGAGAUGUUUGGCACAGCUGAGGAGGACAUCUGUUUGCAGGGCUACCAGCGCCAUGUGUCAUCCUGCUCAGGUCCUGCCCCUCUCACAUUAGCUGAGCAGGAGCUCCAGAGGAUCAAAAUCACAGAGGGCCGCGUUAAACAGGUGAAGACAGACAUCAGCGUGGAGAGUAAGCACCAGACGCUUCAGGGCCUUGCUUUCCCUCUGCAGGAGACGGCCAAAAGAGCCCUACGGCAACUUGCCCAAAAACGCAUCAACUACAUACAACUGAAGUUGGAUGUAGAGAAGGAAACAAUUGAGCUGGUCCACUCCAACCCAACAGAAACUCGUGACUUGCCCCGCAGUGUUCCCAAAGACACUCCCAGAUACCACUUCUUCCUUUACAAACACUCCCACGAAGGAGAUUACCUGGAUUCUGUCGUUUUCAUAUACUCCAUGCCAGGAUACAGCUGUAGUAUUAAGGAGCGGAUGUUGUAUUCUAGCUGCAAGAGUCGACUACUGGAGGAGGUCGAGAAAGAUUACCAUUUGGAAAUUGCUAAAAAGCUGGAGAUUGAAAAUGGAGACGAACUGACGGAGGAGUUCCUUUAUGACGAGGUCCAUCCGAAGCAGCAUGCCCACAAACAGGCCUUCGCUAAGCCCCGUGGCCCGGCAGGAAAAAGGGGACACAAGCGCCUCAUUAAAGGGCCAGGAGAGACCAUACAGGACAGUUAGAGGCGGACACAUUUUCAACCAUAGUUAAAUCUGCAGUUCCAGCCCUUCUCAAAUUCCUGACCCACAAACACCUUGUCGGCCCAGAGUAAUGGGCACAGUGACGGAUUUCUGCUACCGUUUGUGUGCUGAAACAAUUGUGCUGUAUAACAAAUGUGUUUUGGAUGAAAAUAUGCUGAUAAAGUAUCUUAAAUAUCUGCCGUCCCCACAGACAAAUUAAAACCCCACAGAUGAAUAUACCUAUACACCGGCUGUUAACAGUGUAAUAGACCUUAAUUAUUAAUGCAUUGUGAGAUGUUUCAGUCCUCAUGUCUAGCCUCCAGAGCAGGUUUUUUAUCAACAAUGUUUGUAAGAAAUAAACAAUAUGAAAGGAAAUUCUAAAUAAAAUCUUGUUUAUACUGUG